CCUGUCAGAAAUGUUAAGGUGAACUGACUUAUAACUGAGGUCCCCAGUGAGGGGCCAGGACGACACUGGACAGGACUGAACACCGUACAGCGAGACAUGGGAUCUGAUUCCCCGUAGAUCUCACUCCAAUGCACACAAAGUGGUGAAAUAAAUCACAAAUUGACAAGAUAAUGAGAGACUCCGGCGGCAAAUCUAAAGUAAUCAACCCUUUGUUCAAGGGAGCACGAACUAUAGAGACAGAUCAUGCAACUGGUUUGGUGACCAUGGAAGAAGGUGCCCUCAGUGGCUGGAUGUCACCUGCUCCCUGGAUCCAUCUGCUCCCCUACCUGUUCCUGCAGUCAGUGGUGAUGGCUCAUCUUGACUGCACAUUUAACUCCGGGACUCUCUUGCUAUGUUCAUGGGAUGCAAACAGGAAUUUCACAUCAAGGCCAUGCUACAUAUCCGCUUAUGAUGAGAAAAGGUGCAGCGGCCCCUUCAAUCAGGUGACUGUCAUGGUGUUGGAAACUGAACCCCUACCAAUUAGAUAUUUAUGGCAUAGCCUAAGGGAAGGCCUACAGGAUCAACAAACAAGAGACAUACAAGGCUUCUGCUUUCUUACCCCGAAUGGUAACCCAAGAAAUUGUGCAAUGAAUCUCACUACUGAUGGAAAACCGAUGAAAGAAAUUUUGCCUGUUGACCAUAAAUUAAACCUGAGCGUGAUCUGUAGCAGCGGAAUAGAAAGCAAUACAAGUGUUACCUUCCUAUCAGACUUCUCUGUAUAUCACAACUUGUGCCUGGAUCCACCGCUGUAUACUCAGAUCAGGAUGAUAAGCUAUGGGGUAUGGGAACUCACAUGGAACAUAAGUCACAGCAGUACAGUAAAAGAUACAGAAACUGAAAUCCACUACAAACCUGUUCAUCACUUAUGGCAGGAUGCCCAAAAUGUCACAGUUAAAAAUGUCAACUUAGUCACAUUGUACAAACUACAUCCUGAUACUGAGUAUGAAGCCAAAGUGCGAGUGAACCAGAUGAAUUUCCCAGGAGGCAGAUGGAGUGACUGGGGCAAGCCGGCACAAUGGACAACUCCUCAUGAAGGUCGUCUGGACUGUACACACAACAGCUUUGAUACUGUGUCAUGUUCAUGGGAAGUAGCUAGAAACUUUGUUUCGACCCCAUGUUACUUGGCUGCUUAUGUUAAUAACUACAGGAGUAUAAAAGGAAACUGCUAUCUCCCCCCUAGUGGUGAUCUUAGAAGUUGUGUAAUUAAUUUUACAGUCAAUGAUGAAUAUUAUAGAGAUGCAUUAACAGUCGCACAUUCCUUGAAUGUGAGUGUGAUCUGCAGCGUUGGACAGAAGAUGAAUAAGACGGUCACAUCUAUGUCGGAUUUCUUUCCAUUUUACAGUCUGCGUCUUGAUCCACCUAUGUUCCUUGACAUCGAGAUGAUAGAAGAUGGCACAUGGAAUCUAACUUGGCACAACAGUUAUAGACAUUACAUAGAUAAUGUGGAAACUGAAGUCCAAUUCAAACCAGUGAAAUGGUCGUGGAAGGAUUCCAAAAGGUUCACACUAAAACAAACAGAUCUGUCAGCUUUACUGCGUGACUUACACCCCGACACUCUAUAUGAAGCCAGGGUGCGCAUUAACCAGACAAGUUUCGAAGGUGGAAUGUGGAGCGAAUGGAGCAAGCCCCUACAAUGGACAACUCCUCCUAAAGGUUCACCCUUUCCAAUACCAGUAGUGGUAGGCAUCGUAGUCCCUUGUGUGAUCCUGCUGGUCAUCCUUUCUUCUUUAAAAAGUGUUAAGAAGAUAGUGUGGGUAGAUGUUCCCGAUCCAUCUCAGUUUUUCCAUCCCUUGCUUAAUACUCACAAAGGAAACUUCAAGAAAUGGCUAUCCACCCCUUAUGAUAUAUCACCAUUCUUUCUGAAUCCAAGCCCAAUUGAUAUUUCUCCUCUGAACAUUAACUGUAAGAACGAAGAACAACAUCUGAAAUCUCCCCCCACCCCCAAAGCAGAAGUGAACAAAGACAGAACAGGACAGUCCGGCUCAAGCUUUACCAAUAAAGAAUAUUUCUCCUCCAUCUAUCUCGGCUACGACCAUUUUCCAACAACACUUGUAAAUGAGCCUUUGCACUCCCCAACCGAUGAACAUAUGCCUUUAUUCCAGGCUGAAUAUCUCUGCGCCCCUCAAUCUAUUGCUUGGUUUGGUGUCCACAAUGGGUCUUUUCAACGGGAUGCUCCCCUUACAGUCAUGCAGAGGCCUGCACUAGUAGAGGAAAUCCUUGACAAACCUGGAUGUGAUGAUGAAAACUGUGACAUUUCUAGUCCUCGAGAAACUGAGUUGGUGAAAGAAGAAGGAACAGAAAAUAAAGACCAAAAACUAUCUCUUGAUACAUUUUCCACUACUCCCGUGGCACAUAAGAUUGGUGGCAAACCAUUAAAUGAAGCUGAUGUUGCCGCAGACUACUUAUCCUUAAAAGAACUACACCAGAAGCAUUGCCGAGGAGUGUGAAUGGGUUACCCAAUUUUAUGCUGGAUUCAUACCUUGUAAGAUGAAAAAAUUUGCCUAAAAUACAUAUAAAAAUGGAUGUAAUUUUUAUCCAAUAAUGUGUUCUAUUAAAGUCUAUGUAAAAGAGUUUGUCAGUGCACAAAUUGUUUGAAAAUACAGCAGUAGUUCCAAUGUUGGAAAUACCACAUUUUUUUAAACAAUGUGUGCACUGACAGACACUUUCCAUAGACUUUAUAUCAGAACCUAUAGGGUUAAAAAGGUUCUGACAGAUUAUUUGUUUGUUUUUGUUGCUGGGUUACGCUUAGCUGUCUGGCUGGUCAGUUGACCUUUUGAUGAGAGCACCUGGGGGCUUGCCUAUUUAACCUGGCAGUUUGCUCUCAUUCAGAGCCUGUGAAAGAGUCCCAACUCCAGUAGCUAGCGAUUAAUCCCUGUUUAUUCUUGUUAACCCAGCACCUUUGACUUUUGGCUUCUCUUCUUGACUUCUCUCUGAUAUUAGCGAUUUUGUACUUUGACUUCUCCUGGCUUUUGACGCGGAUUGUGGAUUUUUACUCAUUGUGUGAGUGUGUUAGUUUUGUUAGUCUGUCUGUUCCCUACUGUUCCUUGACACUUUAAUAUAGCACAUUAUCAGAUAAUAAAAGAACUUCCACUUUAAGGAUUAAAGGGGUACUCUGCCCCUAGAUAUCUUAUCCCCUAUCGAAAGGAUAGUGGAUAAGAUGUCAGAUCGGGGG